CUUCCCGCUCCUCUAGUGUGCGGAAGGAGGGGAAAUCUGGUUCUAGCGGGUCAGCGAUUGGUCCGUGGAGGGAAGGAAGCAUCUCCGGGGUCUUGGCCUUGGCAAGCGGCCAUAUAUGAUGUGGAGGUGAAAGAUCUCCUUUGCGGAGGCGCUCUGAUUGGAAGACGAUGGGUUCUCACUGCCGCACAUUGCGUCGUGGACGACAAUCACGACAGUACAUUUACAAUUCGAGACGUGGAAGAUUUCUUCGUCUAUCUCGGGAAGCACUAUCGAAACGUGUCCAAGGACGAUAAAUUCGUGCAAAAGAUGAAGGUGACUCAGAUCAUCGUGAAUGAAGAAUACUCCGGCUGGGAAUCAGACAUUGCCCUGCUGAAACUACACGAGUCGGCUAAUCUGACGGCACGGGUUCAAUUGAUCUGUCUUCCGUCCAUUGAUGUCCUGUCAGAUGACUUUUUAGACGGUUCUCAAGAUGAAUUAAGCGCUCCUCACGGAGGAAAGGUGGCAGGCUGGGGAAAAGACGCCUCGGACCAGGCAACGGAUGUCUUGACUGAGGUGCGACUGACAGUUAUACCAAAGCGUGAAUGCCGAAAUAGAAUCCACAUUAUGACAGAAGAUAUCCCUACUUCCAUAACAAGGAAGACGUUUUGUGCAGGAGAACGCAAAAAUGCCACCUCAAUAGAGAAUGAGGAUGGAAAAAAAUACAGGACGGUGUGUGAAGGGGAUUCGGGGAGUCCCAUUGUCUUCGCCUCUAAUAGCCUUCUAAAAAGUCAAUGGGUUGUCGAAGGAAUCGUCAGUCAUAUCUACACAAAAUCGGGACAGAAUUGCUCCAAUUAUGAACCUGGCCAGUAUGGUGUGUUCAUUAGAGUCAAUAAUAAUCAAAUCAAGAAUGUGGAGUUUGAUAGAUGGGCAACUCCGAAAUUGAGGAUACUCUCGCUCUAUAACAAUCCAUUGACCUCUGCUCCAACAUUCAAGAGCGACAGCCAGGAAGAACUCAACCUCAGUUACAAUGAAAUUACGAAUGCGGAGUUCGACAGAUGGACAACUCCAAAUCUGAGGAUACUCUAG